AUGGCUCACAAAUGUUGGGAAACAUGGCUGACAAUCGCAACAAUAUCUUUAGUGACGACAAUAACAACAGCCGACUUUACAACUGAAUGUCAGAGGCCUUGCGAAUGCAAAUGGCAAUCCGGUAACAAGGCUGCAAUUUGCUCGAACUCGAGCUUAAGAGCCGUACCCGCCAACCUCAGUAGCGACAUACAAAUACUAGAUCUCACAAAUAACAAUCUGCUACAGUUGCAUCAAGAAGCGUUCAAAAGAGUACAUCUGAGUAAUCUGAAAAAACUAUUCCUGAGAGAUUGCAAUAUCGAAACUGUGCAUAAAGCGGCAUUUAUAACACUGGCAAUAAUGAUAGAAUUAGACUUAUCAAAGAACAGAAUAAGAUAUUUACAUCCAGACACUUUCAAAAGCACCGAGAAACUUAGGUUAAUAAACUUAAAUAACAAUUUUAUCGAUAAGUUGGAGGACGGACUAUUUCGCAAUUUGAAGUUCCUUCAAAAAGUUGAGGUUAGUAAUAAUAGAAUAGUCAGGAUCGGAACGAAGGCGUUCGUAAACUUGCCGCAGUUAAAGAUAUUGAGAAUCGAUGGAAACAGUUUGAGCCAUAUGAAACCGGAAACUUUGAUGGCGUUAAGAAACUUAUCCGGAUUGGAUCUACACAACAAUCCAUGGCGAUGCGAUUGCAACUUGCAAACAUUCAGAGAUUGGGUGAUCAGCCACAACUUGUACACGCCUCCGACGUCAUGUGCGGAACCCGCUUCCAUCCGUUCAAAACUUUGGAACGAAUUAGACUCUUCGAACUUUGCCUGCCGGCCUACUAUAUUGGAGCCGGUGCCGGACGCGACAAUCAAAAGUUAUGAGGAGAACGUGACUUUAAUUUGCAAAGUCGUCGGUAAUCCCACGCCAGACGUCGUGUGGCGUUACAAUGGAAAGACGAUUGAGUUGAGGUCGUUUGGAGAAAUCCGCUACGUUGUUACUGAAAAUACAAUGGAUUUAAUCAGAUGGGUGAAUUUGACAAUACUUCAUACACGUUACAGUGAUAGAGGGAAUUACACUUGCGUCGCCGAAAACCCUGGAGGGAAAGACGAGAAAACAUUGACACUUGUACUAUCAAAAUAUGGAGGAGCUGGUACCAUAGCUGGUAUGGAUGUGGACUCCUUUGUAAUUUUAGUUGGCUGUUUGACGUCCAUUGUUAUUAUAUUCAUGGCUAUACUAGCUGUGUGUUAUUUUACGACACAGAAUGGAAAAAGACUGAAUAAAACGGAUAAUCGUUCCUCGAAUGGAGAAGCUUUAAUAGAAAGUUCAGUUGCUUCAGAAGUCGAAAAAGGUUGUAAAACAGAUGUUAAUCCCGUCACUAAGCCGCCGAGAAAGUAUGAACCUCCUUCCCUCGCGAACGCCGCAACAGAAAUGUUGGAGCUUAACAAGACUUUACUGGAUAACGACACUGUUUUAGCAUCGAACGAAGAUCACAGACGACUGGAAAUGGAGAUGCCUAAAAUCUCAAAAGAGAUAAUUCAGGAUCGAAUAUCUCAAGAUUCCCAGGCUUAUCCUCCCGACCUUCUCUCUUUUCCACUGCGACCUACUGACCACAUAUCGCCUGCCAACGGAAUUUCGACUGGUCAAGAAAGAUUUUCAGUCCCGCAAGAUAGUCCAAAAUCCCCGAGUUACGGCGUUUCGUCGAUAAACUCGUCAAUAUACAGCCGACUGCAUAAUUCUAGCUAUCAAGACAUACCCCUCAUAAACACUAAAGGCUACGUAACACUACCCAGAAAACCGAGAUUAAACCACCCAGAAAACUCACUACGGCCACAAGUGUUUUCAACAUUAAACGGAGUCAUACCAUCUUAUGACAAUUUUAACAUGAAAUUGUUUGGAGCCGGUGGGAAUUAUUGCAGCCUUAAUAAAAGCGAGAUGGACUUAGGUCCUGUAGAUAAAGUCGGGUUUCUAGACGCUUCAGAUGACAUUGAACCGGCCCCUUCACCAGCGCCUGGAACCCCUCACGCUACAAUUCCAAGAAAUAGCUUAAGUUCACCAAACAUACACAACCAAUUGCUAAUGCUCCAAGCUAUGGCAAAUGCAAAUGGACAUGCCAAGAGGUCAUCAGACCACAGAUCUAUGAAAGUGACCUUGACGGAGAACGAAGGGCUUUUAAAGAGUUCGAAUCGAGAUUUGAGAAUAGGUUAUAGUGUAAAUGUCGCCAGUACGUUAAGUAAGGCGCGAACAAUUACGAAUCCAACCCCGAAGCCGAGAAAACGAAAUUCAGUUGACGUAAAAGAGACAUUUUUAAAUGCGAUCGAGAAUGCCACUCAGGUGUAA